AUGUCCAGCGCACAAAGACUCCACAGUCUCUCCGCAAAACCAGGACUGCGAGUACAACGGGUGUUACUGAUGCGCCCGCUGUGCAUACCAACGAUGACGGAGCAGACCGGUCAAGAGCGAUCGCCGUCGCCUGCUCCAAGUGAGAACGUUGUUUCUCAGCGGAGCUCCAGCAGCGAUUCUGGAAGUGAGGAUGCAGCAGAUCAGGGGGCCCCUGAUCCCGGCCCAGUCCUCAGACGCAGCGGCCGCAAACGGCAUCCUGCGCAACGAUUCGAGGGGGCGUACGCCGCCGCCAUCGAAGAGAUCCCAAUGCCACGCAGCUUCAAAGAAGCGAUGAAGAGCUGCGAGUACGCCGCCGAGUGGGCCCAAGCGGUCCGUGAAGAGCUCACAAUGCUCCAGUCACUCGGUGCAUGGGAGAUAGUAAAGCUCCCAUAAGGGAGAAAGACCGUUGGAUGCCGGUGGGUAUUCAGAGUGAAAUACACACCCACCGGGCUGAUUGACCGCUUCAAAGCACGGCUCGUGGCUUAAGGUUUCAGCCAGGUGCCGGGAGAGGAUUUUCUAGAAACCUUCUCGCCGACGAUUAGAGCUGAAUCGCUCCGCUUCCUCCUCGCCCUCGGAGCACGUGAAGAUCUCGAGAUGCGGCAGGCAGACGUUGUCACUACUACCCUAAUUCAGAGCUCCAUGCAGAGGUCUAUCUUCGUCCCCCUGACAGGCUCGAUUGCCCAGAAGGUUUCGUCUUGCAUGCCCACCAAUCAAUCCCUGGAUUGAAACAGUCAGGCCGCGAGUGGUAUAUCGAAGCGUGCAAGGGUUUCAAAGAGCUCGGGCUCCAGCCACUCUUUGCUGACCCUAGCAUCUUCACAACACCAGACCGGAAGCUGAUCAUCGGCCUUUACGUCGAUGAUAUGGUCAUCUUGAGCAAGAAUUUUGAGGUCAUUGACACAGUCAUUGCAGCCCUUCGGAGGUGCUGGCAGGUCAAGGAUCUUGGCGAAGUGAGGAAUAUCCUUAGUCUACGGGUCACCAGAGACAGGAAGCGCCGCCUCAUAUACAUCGACCAGGCUGGGUAUAUCAACCAGAUGGUCAGGCGAUUUGGCCUCGCUGAUGCGAAGCCGCGGACGACGCCAUCAACGGAUCGCAUUGCCCUUGUGAAGGGUGACGGUGUGCACUCGUUUUGACAUUGCUU